AUGGGUCAAUACGACGCUCCCUCAGGCCCACCCCCAAACUACUCCUCCCACCCCGCUCCCGCCGGCGGCGAAGCAGCAAACUACUAUGGCGAUUCCACCCCCGCUGCGCCCCAGAACAGCUACUACCCUCCUCAACAAGGCUAUGCAUCUCCCGCUCCCGACCCAAGCAGAGGAUUCAUGCCACCGCAACAACAGGGCUACCCGCCUCAGCAGGGCUACCCACCUCAAGGAGGUUACCCGCCGCAAGGACAGCCGAUGUAUUAUCAGCAGCAGGGAUACCCUCCACAAGGGUACCAGCAACAGCAGCAACAUAGCAGUGGCGCUGGUGGUGGUAUCUGUGCUGGUGUGUUGAGUGCUUUGGCUUGCUGCUGUUGUUUGGAUAUCUUGUUCUAG